AUGGGUCCUGUGCAGUUUCUUCUCCUUCUCCUACUCCCUCCCCUCCUUGAGGCCCAAGUGACCCCGGACUUCCUGUCAGGAGUCACCCAGGAGCCGGACAACAGCACUGAUUCUGUAUCGAACAGUACCAGACCUUCAGACACCCCACCAACCUCCUUCAGACCACCACCGCCCUACGAGUCUGCGGCGACAUCUUCAGUGGCGCCCACAGAACCAGAGGACGACUGGUCCCCCGCAGAGACCUUCAUGUACACAGGAGACCCUGCCACUCUGGAGGGGGGGCGCUGCUCACGCCCAUACAGUACCCCACCACAGACGGGGUCCCUGCCUGGCAGCUUCAGCGCCCCCCUGAGGCCAGCUCUGAACGCGCUGGCCAACACCGCCAACUUCCUGAACAUGAUUUUCCAGGCAAGCGACCUGCGGGAGAGCACGGUGCAGGAGGACAUGGAGUGGUACCACGCUCUGGUCCGGGCCCUCCUGGAGGCUGACCUGCUCAUCCAGCGGGCCCUGCUCACCUUUGACGCUGACCCACUGGCGGCCGUGCCACAACUGGUGCUCCGCGCCUCCAGAAACCCCACAGCAAAGAUCCAGACCAUCAUCCUGCAGGAUUUAUCCAAAGCCUGGGAGAGCCUGCACCCGCCCGCCCCUGCCCCCAGCGACAGCUGGUUCAGGAGCUUUAAAUUCCCAGAGUCCAAACAGCCAACAGCAGCGCUGUCGAAGCGCCUGCUCCUAAACGACCUCAGCACACUCGACACGCCCAAGUGGAGGCAGGGCGACAGCUACGUGACCAAUCGCAGUGGGGUUCGCUGGGCCAGCGCCCCCUUUCUGGACUGUAAAGAAGGACGCUUUGUGCCCAGGUGGCUGCUCACCCUGUCCGCACCGUUCUAUGGGCUCAAACCCGACCUCACCCCAGAGUUCAGAGGUGUGAUCCGUGUGGAUGUCGACAUUCAGGACAUUGACUUGGACCAGUGUACCACUGGAGACAGCUGGUUCGCAGACACUCACCAGUGCAACCGCACCACCAUGGAGUGUGUACCCGUUCCUGGUCGGGGUUUUCGUCUGGGCCAGUACUGCUGCAGAUGCAAAGAAGGAUACUUCAACCCGGACAUCGUCCCUCCAGACCUGGGUGUCGAUGCAGAUGGCGGCCCUGUGAACACGAGCGAGGACGGACGAGUGUGUUACCCAAACUUGCCCAUCUGUCUGCCGUGCUGGCCGGGGUGCAGGAGCUGUCAGGACGGCGCCCCCUGCUGGGUGCAGGAGGCCUGGCUUCUCAGGGCCGCCGUGCUGGCCGUGCAGGGGGUCUUCAUGCUCCUCAUCUUCGUCAGCAUGCUGGUGGCCUACAGGCAUCGGAGGAACAGGAGGAUCCGGGCGUCGGGCCUCCUGCUGCUGGAGACGAUCCUGUUCGGCUCUCUGCUUCUCUAUUUCCCGGUUUUCAUCAUGUACUUUAAGCCGAGUACGUUCAGGUGUAUCCUGCUCCGCUGGGUCCGAAUGCUUGGCUUCUCCAUCGUCUACGGGACAGUUACUCUGAAAAUGUACAGGGUGUUGAAGGUGUUCCUCUCCCGUACCGCUCAGAGAGUCCCCUACAUGUCCAGCCUCCACCUGCUGAGGAUUCUGGGGGUUAUGCUGAUGACCGUCAGCUGGUUCCUGUGUGCGUGGACGGUUGGCAUCCUCCAGAACCGGGACAGGAACAUCCCUGUGUUUAUCACAACCAGCACGUCAGAUGGCCAGGGCUUCAACCUGUGCUACCUGGACCGCUGGGACUACAUGAUGGCUGUGGCUGAGCUCCUGUUCCUGUGCUGGGGAAGCUCCCUGUGGACCGCCGUCAGGCCGGUCCCUUCAGCCUUCCAUGAGCCUCGCUACAUGGGCAUCGCCAUUCACAACGAGCUGCUUCUCUCCACCAUGUUUCACCUGUUCAGGUUCACCUUUCCCUCUCUCCAUCCUGAUUGGAUGCUGCUGCUCUCCUUCACGCACACCCAUGUGACCAUCACUGUGACACUCGCCCUGCUCUUCAUUCCUAAGUUUCUUUACGUGUCCAAGCCCGGGAGGGAGGAGAUUGCAGCAGAGGUGUAUGAAGAUGAAGUGGACUUGCGGCGCUCUGGCUCGUACCUCAACAGCAGCUUUCAUUCGGCUUGGAGUGAACCCAGUGUGGACCCGGAUGACUUCAGGGACGAACUGAAGAAGUUAUAUGCCCAGUUAGAAGUCCACAAGACCAAGAAGAUGACAGCAAACAACCCUCAUCUGUCCAAGAAGAGAAGUUCUCGAUGUGCGUUGGGGAGAUCCAUCAUUAGACGUAUCGCUGAGAUCCCAGAAACCGUGAGCCGGCAGUGUAGCCGCGAAGAGAAAGACGGAUCCUUCCACAGCAGACGAGUAAAUCAGACUGACUCUUUCAGGACGGUCCCCGAUACUGCCAGUAUCAGCUACAAAAGCUCAGUUAAGUCCCCAUCUCCAUCCUUGCACAAGUCCCUAAGUGAUCAUCAUUAUGUCAGGGAGAGACACCUUUCCCUACGAGACUCCAUGUUGGACGCCAACUCUGUGAAGAGACUUUCCCGGCGUUCUGAGACAGACUCCUUGGAUAUUCCUCCAGGGGUUUGCAAGUCUGCCAGUGCCCAAAACCUGACAAUUGAUACAAAUCUCCUGCAUCCUGAUCAUACCAGGCUUCAUAAGUCCUGGAGUCUAACAUCCACGCCGGCUCAUUCAGUGGAGAACAUAACCAAGGUUAACAGAUCGAGCACAAUGCUGGCACAAUCCAGAGAGAGCAUGUCCAUCAGCGACCAGACUAGAAGUGCCCUCCAGUCCGAGUCAUACGACAAGGCUGAGGUCUGUCCUUGGGAGGUGGAGCAGGAACAAACAGGGGACAAGAACCAGAAGCAUGUCACCUAUGCAAAUUCUCAGGAAUCUGCAGAAAAAGGGCCGGCAUCUCCAGAAGCACUUAUCUGUCCCUGGGACCAUAUACCAGCCCCUGUAGAAAAAGCCCCUACAGAAGAGGUGUCACAGGAUGAGGCUGGAUCUACAAAACAACAGCUAUCUGUGUCUGCAAGUGCACCAGGCUCACCAAGACCAAAAGUCACUAAAGAUAAACGUGUUUUCUCCUUGCGAACUGCUACCACUAAGUGGCUCUCUGUCAAAUCCAUCGUGGGAUCAAUGGAUUCAGCAAACAAGUCCGAAACCGAUGGUCAAAAUAAAGAGGAUACCGUCUCACAAAAAAGCCAGGAAAGUACUGUAACUACACCAAGAUCAGGAGCAUCUAGCAGACGUCCAAGCACAGAAAAAAAGUCUUUGCAGAAAAGAAGUCUGACAACAGCCGAUGGAAAACCAUGCCUGGUGAAGCAAAAUGCCAUCCGAUUGUCAUCUGGGGAUUCUUCUGACAGAAGUCCAAGAAGGCUUGUAAUAGUAAAAUCUGCGGUCUACCCUUGGGACAUUGAUGAUAUGCAAAAAGAUGGCAAUUAUGAAAAUGUAUUUUUAUCAAGGCAAAACAGCAAACGUAGUAGUGUCAGUUCUUGGGAAACUAACAGCAGCUGUCGAACUCCAUCAACUCACAGAAGAGGAAGUAAUCGCAUUACUCCAGCUCGUAACGUUUCCCAUGUCGAUGUGUGUCCGUGGGAGGCAGCUGGAGAGGAACAAAAGAGGCAGCAGAGCAUCAAGGCAGACGUCUGCCCUUGGGAUUCACAGGUAUCCAACGUAUGUCCAUGGGAAUCUCAAGAGCAUGCAACUGUGAGAAGACAAGGAAGUGGUCGUGGUGAUGUAUGUCCUUGGGAAGUGCAGAAUGUCCCUGUUAUUUACCACACUAGUGUGUCCAGAGAUUCCCAAACACAACAGUCUUCAGACAUUUGUCCCUGGGAGACAGCUGAUUCUAAACCUUCAGCUGGGCAAGAUAAUGAAUAUGCAAAUGUUUGUCCUUGGGAAGUUCAGGACAAGGCUGAGGCUGUUUAUGAAAACAUCAAUCCUGUGGCGAAUAAGGGAGCACUGGCUGUGCCCCUGAGACAAGAAGGUAUGAAAGCUGCAGUUUAUCCUUGUGCAUCCACAAGCGAUGAGCAACAAUACCACGCAAAAUCCUCUACACAGUAUUUAGGUAUGCAAGCACCCAAGACAACAGAAAGUUGUCCAUGGGAAUUCCCUGAUCCUCCCACAAACUUGGAAAACAUUUGUCCAUGGGAAGACGGGAGCACAGUGCCAACCAAUACAGACUCAACUUCCCAAAUGACCAUCAAGGCAGAUAUUUGUCCCUGGGAGUCUGGACAUCCAGACAAACCAGAAGACUCACAGAAAGUUGUCUUGCCUCUGGAAGCUGCUUCCAUACAGACUGGUGGGAAAGACAGCCAAAGAGAAAGCAUUUGUCCCUGGGAAACUGAUGUCCCUGAGAAAACCACAGCAACAAAGACAAUGUCCCAAGGACAGGAAAGACUAGCAGAUGUUUGCCCAUGGGAUGGUGGACCACCAGAAUCAAAUGUAAUGCAGACGCUCAAAAUGUCAGAAAGUCAUGAAAAGCAAGGUGCCACUCAUGCAAAUGAAGAUGUCUGUCCAUGGGACACUGAAGCAGCAAAAGUCUUAAAAAAGCAAGACAGCUCUCGGGUAGAUGUUUGUCCAUGGGAGACGGAUGACCCAAAUGUUCUCAAAAAGCAAGACAGUGCCCGAGAGGAUGUUUGUCCAUGGGAGACAGAUGAUUCUAAAGUUUUGAAAAAGCAAGACAGUGCAAGGGCAGAUGUUUGUCCAUGGGAGACAGAUGACCCAAAUGUGCUGAAAAAGCAAGACAGUGCAAGGGCAGACGUUUGUCCAUGGGAGACGGAUGACCCAAAAGUGCUGAGAAAGCAGGACAGUGCAAGGGCAGAUGUUUGUCCAUGGGAGACGGAUGACCCAAAAGUGCUGAAAAAGCAAGACAGUGCAAGGGCAGACGUUUGUCCAUGGGAGACGGAUGACCCAAAAGUGCUGAAAAAGCAAGACAGUGCAAGGGCAGAUGUUUGUCCAUGGGAGACUGAGGAACCAGGACUUGUCAAAAAGCAAGACAGCUCUAGAGAUGUAUGUCCCUGGGAAUCUAAUGAUCCGCAAACCUCGACUGAAAACAAAGCCGUUGAUCCUGUUAGUGACAAAGACCAAGCCACAGAGAUCCAGGUGAUACCCAGCGUACAAGAGACCCCGGCAGUUACGAGCACAGAGCAGAUAGAGGCAUCCAAAGAAAACUUAGCACUGGGUCGACGCGAUGCUUUGUGUCCAUGGGAGGUGGGUCGGCCCAGCUCUGGCUCAUUCUCAGACAAUACUUCAGACGUUUUUACAUGGGAGCCUGAGAAUAUUCCUGAGGAAGAUGAAGAGGACGACGCAGAAUGUGCUGCCGAGGCUCUCGUAUUCCCACCCGACCUGUGA